AAGAGGAGGAGAUGAGGGGUGUCAGGAAUUGACCUUGUACACAUUGGCCCCCCUAAAGUCACAGAUCUCCUUGUUGGGGGGAACAGAGCAGCCCAUUCAGGCUUGUCCCACCAGGGGGGUCCUGGAGUUUGGCUUGGGACUAGACCAGGACUUCCUGCUCUCUCCGUUACAAUGACUUUGGGAAGUGAAAUGUGUGAUAACUCCCUCCUGUCUGAAGACACCGACAUCGAUGUGGUGGGGGACAUGAACGCCAAGGAGGGCAAGUACUCCGAUUACCAAUCAGACAACGACUCGGACGACCCCCUGUCCACCAGGAGCCACCGAGGGGACCUCGCUUCCCCAGACCAGGACUCCAGCCCAAGAGGCGUGGAGAAGAACCCCAAGAACACCUUGGUGAAGCCCCCCUAUUCCUACAUCGCCCUGAUCACCAUGGCCAUCCUGCAGAGCCCCAAGAAGAGGCUGACCCUCAGCGAGAUCUGUGAGUUCAUCAGCAACCGCUUUCCUUACUACAGGGAGAAGUUUCCAGCCUGGCAGAACUCCAUCAGGCACAACCUGUCCCUCAAUGACUGCUUUGUGAAGAUACCUCGAGAGCCUGGCAACCCUGGCAAGGGCAACUACUGGACCCUUGACCCCGAGUCGGCAGAUAUGUUUGACAAUGGCAGCUUCUUGAGGAGGAGGAAGAGGUUCAAGAGGCAGCAAAGUUCUGAGAUCUUGAGGGACCCCAGCAGCUUCAUGCCAGCCUUUGGAUAUGGACCCUAUGGCUACAACUAUGGGCUCCAGCUGCAACUACCACCAGCACCACCAUCACCACCACCACCACCCAGUGCCACCUUCCCCUUCCAGCCCACUCCCUGCCCUUUACCCACCGUCACCUCGGUCUUCUCCAGCCCUUCCUUGCCAGGAUUCAGCAGCGACUUGGGCAGGAAGUCCUUCUAUUCCCAGCUCAGCCCCACCUUGCCCAUUCUUCAGACUCUCAAAGCGGACUCCCAAAGUCGGCCGUCCUUCUCAAUAGACAAUAUCAUCGGCCCGACCACCUCACAAUCCACCCCGACGUCGCCAUACACGACUCAACCUGGUAGCCAAGCUCAGGUCAUAGCCAUGUUAACCCCUUCCCUGGGCCCCCAUUUAAACUUGGCACACGGGGACAUCCUACAGACUCCACAGGACUUCCCUGGGAAAAUCACAAAUCUCAACAGCUGUCAUUUUUAGAUAUAUAAACAAUAACAAAAAAACAACAAAAAACUCAUUUUCACUUUCAGCCUAUGUAUUUAAGGUAGGACUUUAUUUUAGAUGAUUUUUUUUUAAAAAAACUCUACAAGUCACCUCCAAGCCUACUCUUCAAAGAUCCUUUAAAAGUCUAUUUAUAAAUUGUAUAUAUGUUUUGUGCUAGGUGUACGUCACUGUUAUAGAUUACGUUUAUAUCCUAAAUAAUAAUAAUAUUGAUAUGUCCCUUGGGGUCAGCUUUAAUGACAUUGAUUAACUGUUGAGUUGCAAACUUGCCUCCAGUUUUGCUUAGAGCUGAAAACCAAUCGCAGUGAUUAUCGAUCCUUAAAAAAAAUUGUGAGCCAUCGGCCGACUAGUUCUUGUCGAUUGAAGAAUAGAAGCACCGAUCUCAGGAUUUCCAACCACUUCUAGCACAUAAGCCUUCAACACUGUGCUUAAAGUUGUGACUUCAAACCAGUGGAGUUAAUGAUUAAUAAUUGGUUACAUUUCAGAUUUUUUAUUUUAUUUCCUUCCUAACUGGUGCGUUUUGUGUAUAUGUAAUUAUGUAUAUAAAUCUAUAGAUCGGUUUCUAAAGGGGCAGCUAAUUCCCCCCUCCCCCCCUUCACAUCUUCUGUGUUUGAAAUUUUAUGGUUUGUGAAUAAUCAAAUGACUUCUUAUGUGAGGAGAGGCAAAUGUGCGAAAAGUCGGUGAAAAUUUUCAAAAUAAAUGUUUGUGAAUUCACAA